AUGGGCGCCAAAGAGAGCAGUCUGCUGUCGGCGGAACAGCUGGAGGAUUACGCCGAGCUGACGUACCUGACCAAGUGGGAGAUACUGUUGAUUAUGGACAAGUUUUUGCCGCUCGAGCCGGAUGAGAUAAGGAAGGAUCUGCACCGGAGGAUACCGAACAGGAAGAUUAUGGAGGCGUUUCCGCAGUUGAAGUUCAACCCGUUCCGGGACCGCAUCUUCGAGGUAUUUUCCUCCGGCGGCGACACGCGCUGCUCCUUCGAGGACGUGCUCGAUCUGUUCAGCGUCAUGUCCGACCGGUGCCCGCACCGGGUGAAGGCCGCCUGGGCCUUCCGGGUGUUUGACGUGGACAACGACCGCCAGAUCAGCGCCGACGACAUCGUGGCGCUGUGUGACCGUCUCGUCGGAACCGAUCCCGGCCUGCACCGCGACGAGAAGACCUGCAUCGCCGAGGUGAUUCUAGAAGAAAUGGACCUGCAGAAAAACGGCAGUUUGGGCGAAUUUGACUUCAUUCACGCGAUCGCCAAGGUGCCGGAAUUUUAUCACUCUUUCUCUUUUCGACCGUAGCUUUUAACGUUGUUUCAUUGAUAAUUUAAUCUAAAAAACUAGGGAAUUCUUUCUAACCAUUCUAGAAGUGUAAUAUGUUCGAUGUGUUUAUCCAUUUCUUAAACUUUUAUUGUCAAUAUACAAUAGUUUUUAAACACAGAUCCACUGGUAAGUUUACUGUUCGGUAAGCCUGUACUGUUCAAAUACGUUUAGUUUACGUGUCACGUGUUGUUGAGCUGAUUAUUUGUAGGUGUUUAUCGUAAAAUUACAACAUUUUCGCUCUACUUAUCGCCUUAAUGGAAGUCUGGUGGAUUAGUAAUACGGUUUGUUUUGCAUUUGUGUUUCACGAAAAAUAUACACUUGAUGAUCA